AUGCCGCAAUACAUAAUCCAACACCACUGUGAGCUCCAAGCAUCACAGAAGGACGCCAUCGCCAUCGCCAUCACAAAGCUGCAUUGCCAGACAUUCAAUGCGCCCUCUAUCUUCGUGAAUGUUCAUUUCCACCCUUCACGACCUCACUACAUCGCCGGCAAAUUGCAAGAAACAAACUCUAUCACUGGGAUGCUGCGAACACGCGGACCAGAAUACAGAGACAAGAUGAAUACGCUUGUGCUAGACCUCACCGAAAUAUGGAAUAAUGUGGUUAGGCCGAAUUCCGCAAACGACAAAAUUGAUGGAAAUGUGCCUGGGCGAUUGGAUGACCCUACAGCGUUGCAUCUUUGCGGUAUCUCAGAGGGUAUUGUUGCUGCCGCAGAGCAAGGAUUCCUCCUACCUUCUGCAGGGCAAGACGACAAGUGGCUUGAGAAAAAUUUGAAGGCUUUUGAGAAGAGGGCUGCAGAUGGAGAUGAAGCGAUGAAAUCGCUUCUUGAAGAAAUCAAGACGAAGGGUCUAGGAAGCGCUUCUUGA